AUGAACAUUCACCUCGCUUCAGAUGGUGGUGUCGUUCAAGUCCCACAUGCCCUCAGCGACUACGACUCGCUCGAGGGUGUAUACGCGGACAUCUCGGCCGCGACUGGCAUUGUCAGCGGCAACGUCCUCCUCUUCACUGAGGAUGGUCGUGAACUCAAGCAGGAAGUGCUCGAAGAGCUGUGGGAGCGAGGAGGCGGACAGGGGGCAGGGCAGUCGAGUCCCGUCCGCCAAGUAGUCUACUUGUUCAAUCGCGAGACGUUCUUUAGCGAACCUGAACACUGGGCGUCCCAGCUUCGCGAAGAAGUGGUGCUUCCGCCAUCACUUGAUUUGUCCACCCACCUGGAUGUGAAUCGCGCGCAGGAGCCAUUUGAGGCUGCGUACGACCAUUUGCUACACCUCCAGUCCCUCUUCAAGGUGCAAGCACACGCUCUGCAAAUUGCCUACGCCAACCUCUCGUUCCAUCUCCAGCCCAUUCUCGAUGCAUUCCGAGAUUUCACCGGCCGUGCCGACGAGCAGCUCGAGCAACACGAGAAGCUGCUUCGCGGUUACGAGGUGGACAUGGCCAUGCUGCCAAAGGUCGUCGUGCACGAAAGCCUGUUCCGUCGCCGGGACAAGGACGGCGAUGAGGGAAAGCGCAAGACACUCGUUGACUGGAUUCACACGAAGAAGAUGGAACAGGUCCACGACUGGUGCCAGACCGCACAUGUCGACUAUGUGAACCGUUACAACACCGUCGCUGCCGAAAUGGAGGAGCUCGCAUUGCAGUCGGAAGCAGACCGGAACCAGGCCGAGCACCGGAUCAUUGGUGUCGAGGGCGAGUUCGCGGAUGCUCUCGGGCGCAUAGAGCUGGCCAGCCAGCAGGUUGAGGCCCUUACGCAGACAGACCAAGAAACGUUCGAGGAGAACUUGGCCGCCCUAGAUCAGGCGAUGAGGGAAGACCUGGGCACCAUCACCCAGUUCAAGGUGAGCUCUUCGCCCUGCACCGAUCAAGCUGACUCUCAGAACGACUUUACAUUAGAACUACAUGUCCACCUGCGCCGCAUUGCAGAGUUCCAGGUCCGCAUCACCAAGUUCACCAAGCCAAUGACCGAGCUGGACCUCGAUUUGCGCCAGAAGAACGCCUUCCCCCACCUCGAGCGCCUGCACAAUCUCCCAUUCGCCUACGCAGCCAACGUUAUCGAGAUUGUUCAACGCAAAGAGUUCUCCACAUCUCUUGUCGAGUGGGCUGCGCGGAUAUCCAAGGCUGUCAACACGUUUCUUGCCACCGAGGUGAAGCGGCGACAGCGGCACAAGUCAGACAACCAGCUGCCAUGGGAGAUUACAGUGCUCGAGGAGAGCCAGACUCCCCGCGUCGACAUCAAGGUCGGAGGAGGAGACGACGCGCUGCGGGCAUGGGUCGACCAGCUCGAGGAGGAUCCCGACUUCAUGGCCAUUGACCCCAAUGACAACCCUGUGCCUGCUCUCGGCAAGCAAAUCACCCAUCUCCUCAACACCCUAGACUCCUUGACGGGAGAGCUCGACAAGGCCUUGGAGAAUGCAGUGACAACUGCUUCCUCUGAUGCCAACGAGGUCGAACGGCUUCGCAACGGCAACGCCGAAUAUGAGAGGCGCCUUGCCGAGAUGGAGGAGGCACACCAGGCCCAGCUCCGUGAACUGGAGGAGCGCUACGAACAGCGUGUCGACAUUCUCCAAACCCGGCAGGGCGAGCUGCAAGAGGAACUCGUCCGCCUUCGCACCGACCUGAGCGAGGAGAUGAACGUGCGACAACAGGUCUCGAAUGACCUUGAAGAGAAGAUGCGCGAGUGCGACGACCGGGCACGGGAGCAGGACGAGCAAAGCGACUUUAUCAUUGCCCUGCAGGCCGACAUGGGCCAGGAAAAGGACCGUGCCACUGACCUCGGUGUGAGGCUGCAAGAGGCACUGCUGGACGUCGACGGCCUGCGCAGCGCCGAGCAGGCCCUCGUCGUUCAGAUCCGCGAGUCGCAAGAGGAGCGUACACGGAUCCUUACCGAUCUCGGCGAGGCACAGCUCAUGAGCCAAAACUACGAGUCUGAGCUUGCCGGCACCAAGGCGGAGCUUGACGCCACCGCUGUGCAGCUUGUCCAGGCCCAGCUUGAUCGAGACCAAGCGCUGAGGAACCAGUCGGCCGAGGCGGAGCGGCUCAUGCGUGACCGCAUCGCCGAAGCAGAUGGUGACCGCGCGGUCCUCGAACACCAGAACCUGACCCUUACCAAGGAGCUUGAGGACUCGCGCAGCGGAGUGUCGAAAAAGGUCGACGAGUUGAAAAACUCUUACAUCCGCCGCGAGGAUGGGCUCAAGGCUGAGCUGUCGUUUACCAAGGCACAGCUGCGCGAGGUGCAGCGACGCGAGACUGUUCUCUCGGACGAGCUGGCCAUGGCAAAGGACUCGGCUGCAGCUCUGCAAAACAAGGAGUCGCACAACACCGAACUCACCAAGGACGCCGUUGUUCUGGCGGGCAAGUAUCACGACGCCUGUCAGCGUGUCAUGUCUGCCAUUGCCGCCUCGACGACCAUCUCGGGUUCGAUCUCUUUGCCUGCGCGUGCCAAGACACCACCCGUCGCCACAAUGUCGACUGCCAGCGCCGACCUAAAGGACAGCACCGUCCUUGUUCGCAGCCUCGAGACGGCGUCCAGCUUUGACCUCGAGGCGUUUGCCGACGCCGUGCAGCGUACCAUCAACCUCGCGCGCAAGCUGUCCAAGAGCUGCAAGCAGUACCGCGAGCUGUCGAGGAACAAGAUUACCAUAUCGAGCUUUGGCAAGGGCGACCUGGUUCUGUUCCUCCCCACCCGCAACGCUGCUGUCAAGGCGUGGGCGGCGUUCAACAUUUCGGCACCGCACCACUUCCUGUCUGUCACCGACAUGAUCCAGCAGCAGCUGGUAGGCAAGGACUACUACCUCGCGCGCAUCACGAGCACGGACGAAGCGGUCGUCAACGGAGAUUCGCCCUCCACCAACCCGUACGGGCUCGCCGAGGGUCUGCGAUACUACUCUCACCACGUCGAAGAGUGGAUGCCCACAGCCCCUCGUCAGCCUCGGCGCUCGCAGUCUGCGAACGCUAGCGCUACACAGAACAACAAUGCUGAGAGCAACACCAUUUCGCCUAUUUCUAUGCGAGCGCGAGCCCAAAGCAGCUUCCUCCCCCAGUACCCCAAGCCCGACGAUGACAGCUCGGCACCCCCUCCGUCCCCACCUGCCCGCCUGUCCCCUCCCCAUGCCCCGACCCCUACGCGCACGUCUCCAGUCCCCCGCAUGACCAGUGCCUCCCCUAUCCCCGAAGCCAGUGACUCGUCUGAAGCGCGGAAUGGCUCGCUCGCGCCGAACCCAGUGUCUACUCGCUCCCCUCCCCCACAGCCUCUGCGUGCCAUCCACGCCCAGUCGCCACCCCCACCCCCGUCGUCGCCCACUAGUCCCAUGAAUGUCCGCGUCAACCCACCUACAGCAGCGACGCGCUCGCACCGCUCAAGUCUCGCAUCCACUUCGUCGCCGCCUCCCCGUGACGGCGUACCGUUCACCCCCAACUCGUUUGGCCGUCCCAGUUCCGUCGCGUCGUCCACCUCGUCGCACCCUCGCGGCCUCCCCAUCCCGACUGGCACGGGCGGAACAAAGGGCGCCCCAGCCGCACCCGUCGCAACGUCCGUCGAGGGAUCGCCCUCGCACCCGUCGUCGUCCUUUGGCGAGAGCGGCCAGCGUAUCACCCGUCAGGGAUCAGUGGGAAGCCUCAAGGCCAAGGCAGCCAAGACCGAAGGAGGGGACCUGUUCAAGCCGUCGCCCCUGCGCGAGACGGAGAAUGCGAGCGGGAGCGCCAGUGGCUUUCUCUCCGGUCUCAGUCUGACGCGUAAACGCAACUCAGUCUCGUCCACCGUCGCGUCCCCGACCGCCCUCGACAUGUUGAAGCGUAUCGAUGGAGGAAGCGGGAGCGGCUAG